UGUGAUCCUCGGCUGUUCCUGGAACGCCGCACGGAACAGGCGACUGAAGACACAAGUCAUUUCAUCUGAAGAGACAGACUUCCUGCUGGAAUGAAGCUGGAGGAGAAGAUCCAGGUGCUGCAGUUCUGCUCUGCGGUUCUCAACACCGUCUUCCUGAUUCUGGGCCUGAGCGUCUCCGGCUGCGCCGUCUGGAUCCUGUUUGAUGAAGGAACCUUCCUCAGCCUCCUCUCCUCCGAGGAGCUGAGGACGGUGGCGGGGGGCUUGCUGAUCAUCGGGCUGGUGGUGGUGGCGGUCGGGGUGGUGGGCUGUGUCGGUGCUCACAGAGAGAACAGGCUCUUCUUGCUGAUGUACAUGGCCCUCCUCAUCGUCCUCGUCCUCGGACAGCUGUUCGUCAUGCUGGUUCUACUGGUCAGCCAAGGCAAGAUCUGGGAGAGUCUGGACGCUGCGGUCGCCAACAUGACCGUCCAAUACGGAGACAGCAGCCGGGACAGACUUCUGGACAAAGUGCAGCGCUACACAAAGUGCUGUGGAAUGAUGGGGCCCAGUGAUUGGCUGACUAACUGCUUCAUCCAGAAUGUGAGUGGAACCAGUCCAGGGGUUCUCCCUUGUUCUUGCUUCAACUCCUCCUGCCCCGCCCUCCCGGGCGCACCGCUGUUUGGUCGAGGAAAUAACUCGUAUGAAGAGGGCUGUAAAGAGAAGAUCAGUGAUUGGCUGGAGGAGAAUGCUCUCACCAUAGUGGGCAUGGACGUCAGCCUCAUGUUCAUCCAGGUGGUUCAGUUUGUCGUAGCGGUGUACCUGUACCGGGCCGUUGCACGGAAAGCCAGUUUGAAGGGAACCGGACGGCGGGCCGUCCCAGAUGAGAACCAGGACUACCUGCAGUACGGAGAACAGAACCAGGGCUACAUCGACGCUGAUGAGGAUUAUGUAGACCCCGCCCACGCUGAAUAUUACCAUGACAACCAUGACCAUAUAGACCCCGCCCACCCUGAAUAUUACCAUGACAACCAUGACCAUAUAGACCCAGCCCACUCAGCAUAUAUGCAUGACAACCAUGACUAUAUAGACCCCGCCCACUCAUCAUAUAUGCAUGACAACCAUGACUAUAUAGACCCCGCCCACUCAGCAUAUAUCCAUGACAACCAAGACUACCUGUAACCAGCCCAGGGCUAUCAGUAAAAUUCAACCAGUAUGUGUAGAUCAUAGAAAUGUAACAGUGUAGAAUGGGCACUGCCAGGAACUGAGGAACUGAUAGAAUAACUUUAUUGACACUCCCAUAGUGACAAAACAAACGUCUGGCCGGGUUCGUAGGUGGAGGAAGUGAAAUCAUGAAAUUAAUUAAAAUCAUCUGCAUGAUGCCAAAGUUAUUAAAACGAUCACAAGCUAAUUCAUAGCUUCUUGGGCUAGAAUUGAUGUUAGCUAAUUACAUGCUGUCCUCUGAUCCUAAUUAGCUGCA